AUGUCCCAAAGGAGCCAUUACAGAAAUUUCUCAAGAGAAGGCUUCCAACCGCUCACCCUCCAGACCUCGAGGGACAUGAACAACCCCAACGACGCUACCAUCGAUAUUCCCUUGACCCAGGUCAGCACAUCCGCCAGUCGCACCGGCGCCCGAAAGCCGGAUGGUUUCGUACCUGCACCACCGUCGCAACACUCGGAAACUCCUGAACAGAUGGAUGAGAAGCAGUCUCACCACUUUCUCGGAGGCCAUGCAGGUCGGAGGAGGAGGCGCGAACAACAUGCUGCGGAAACCAGGGACAAAGAGGAGAGUCCUCUGAAUGCUAUUGGCAGGUUCUACAAGAAAAUCUACAAUACCUCCGUCAUACCGAGAUACCUUCUUUAUGUCGCACCUCUGGCGGGGGUGAUUGCCAUCCCUAUCAUCAUCGGCGCGACGGGUGCGCCCAAUGCAAGAAUCGGAGGUGUCAAGAUUGUUUGGUUCUUCAGUUGGAUCGAGGCUGUCUGGAUAUCGCUCUGGGUGUCCAAAUUCGUGGCCCAUAUCCUACCACAUCUGUUCCAAUUCUUCACUGGGGUAGUCAGCUCCGGCACGAGAAAGUAUGCGCUGGUCAUCAGAUCUCUCGAAAUCCCCGUGUCACUGUUCGCCUGGGCAAUAUGCGCCCUGUCCACCUUUGUGCCUAUCAUGACCCUGAAUCCUGAUCAAAGAGCACGACACGAGACGAGCCUGAAAAGUUGGGAGAGGGUCAUCAAAGACAUCCUUUUCGCCUGUGUCUUCUCCACUGCGCUACUGCUGUUGGAAAAGCUGCUCAUCCAGCUUCUCUCCAUCAGCUACCACCGCGAGCAAUUCGCCAACCGAAUCCAGGAAUCCAAGCGUCAUGUCUAUCUCAUCACCUUGCUCUACGACGCCUCCCGGCAACUCUUUCCCAUGUACUGUCGGGAGUUUGCUGACGACGACUAUCUGAUCAACGAUGUGCUAGAUCUCGCAGCACUUACCAGCAAACGAAACAGCAUGUCUAAUAGCCGCAAGAGGUCGGGUUCUGCGACUCCUAUGAGGUUGAUUCAGAAUGUUGCGCGCGUGGGUGAUAAAGUCACUUCAGCGUUUGGGAAUGUUGCACAUGAGAUUACUGGAAAGAACGUGUUCAAUCCGACCGCCUCCCAUUCAAUCGUCAUCCAAGCCUUGGAAAGGAAACAUUCGGCCGAAGCUCUUGCUCGCCGCAUAUGGAUGUCCUUUGUUCUGGAAGGGCAAGAGGCACUCUUCUUGCAAGACAUUAUUGACGUGCUUGGAGACUCACAUGAGGACGAGGCUCGAGAGGCGUUCGAAAUUCUCGAUGUGGAUGGCAAUGGUGAUAUUUCCCUCGACGAGAUGGUCUUGCGCGUGACCGAGUGCGGCCGAGAACGCAAGGCUAUCGCCAACAGCAUGCACGACGUGGAUCAAGCAAUCAAUGUCCUCGACAAUCUGCUGUGCACCAUUGUGUUCAUUGCUAGCGUCUUUAUUUUUAUCGCUUGGCUGAACAAAAACUUUGUCACGACCCUUGCCACGGCAGGCACCACUCUACUUUCAUUGUCUUUCGUCUUUUCAGUCACAGCUCAGGAGGUACUGGGCUCAUGCAUCUUCCUGUUCGUCAAGCAUCCGUUUGAUGUGGGAGACCGAGUCGACGUAGGGGAUGUCCAGUAUAUUGUGGAGCGUAUGUCUCUUCUCUACACCGUUUUCAAACGAGUUGUAGAUCAGAAGCGAACCCAGGUCCCCAACAAUGUGCUGAACACUCUAUGGAUCGACAAUGUUUCCCGCAGCAAGGCCAUGCGUGAGAGGAUCAAGCUCUACGUCAGCUUCGACACCACCUUUGAAGAUAUUGAUUUGCUCAAGAAAGAAAUGACCGCCUUUGUUCGAGACAAGGAAAAUGCGCGCGACUUCCAGCCGGACCUCGACAUUGAAGUCACCGGACUCAACGAGAUGGAUAAGAUGGAGUUAACCCUUGAGAUUCGGCACAAGUCCAACUGGGCCAAUGAAGCUAUACGUGCCGCCAGGAGGAGCAAAUUCAUGUGUGCAUUGGUGCUAGCCAUGCGCAAGAUUCCUAUCUUUGGGCCCGGUGGUGGCGGCGCGGCUGCGGGCGAUCCAGCCAAUCCGACAUACUCUGUCGCCAUCUCUGACGAGGAGGCGAACCGGAACAAGGCUGCUUUUGAAGAGGACAAGGACAAGAACAGACUCGUACCUUUGAUGCCCAACCACAAGAAGGACGCCGAGUCUUCAAACACGCAGUCUGGCCCAUCACAAGAUCUUGGUACAUCAAGCGGCACGGAGGUCAAGGAGGCGGCAGCGGUGGACCAUUUGAUCAAGCGCAGUGUGGCGGUUGACCCUGAAGACACGCUUGAUCAUGACCGAGAGCUUUCGAUCGACAGGCAACGGUCGAACGAUAUCGACCAAGUGCGCAAUAUCCUGAGACGUGAGUCGACCACGGGUCGCCGUCGGCCCGCGCAACCGGGGUUGGCUCUGCAAGACAGUGCCAUAGCACGAUCUGGAUCUCGCACCAUCCCUACGGUGCCUGAUCCGUCGCCGCCCGAACGUUCAGACGGGUCUAUUUCAAGUCAUGUCAAUUAUUUCGAGGACACAACUCAACCUGCCGCCUCACAAUCGCAAGGGUGGUCUAAUGUUGCUCCGAUGAACUAUCAGCAACAGUCGACCAGCAACGUGCCUCCACCGCCCGGCCGUAACAUGUCGCCACCUGAGGAAGGAGAAGCGUCGUCGAGUACGAUUCGAUAUGUACCAGGGAAUGCUUUCUCGCAACAAGCCUAUGCGUCUCAGCAACAGCAGCAGCAGCAGCAGCAGGUUCCACGAGUACCAGUCCCAGGCAUGCCAGAGAUGAAGAGGACACUGCAGACACCAUCUCAAAGUCCUCCCCCGCCGUCCAGAUGA